UAAUAUCUCUAUUGAAUGGACAGGCUGUUGUUACAAUGUACAAUUUCCAGCAAUAUCGCCACAUUGAAGCACCAGGGUGGACAUUAGGGUGGACAUGGGCAAAAAAGGAGGUAAUAUGGAGCAUGGUGGGAGGUCAAGCAACAGAGCAAGGAGACUGUUCAAAAUUCAAAGGAAAUAUUCCACAUUGCUGUAAGAAAAGUCCAGCAGUUGUUGAUUUGUUGCCUGGAACUCCUUACAACCAGCAAAUUGCAAAUUGCUGCAAAGGGGGAGUAAUCAGCUCGUGGGCACAAGACCCGUCCAAAGCGGUAAGCGCAUUCCAGCUUAGUAUUGGUGCUGCAGGAACCACCAAUAAGACAGUCAGAUUGCCUAGAAACUUCACACUGAAGGCACCAGGACCUGGUUACACGUGUGGGCCAGCAAAAAUUGUUAGACCUAGCAAAUUUCUUACUCCUGAUAAAAGGAGAGUAACUCAAGCUUUGAUGACAUGGAAUGUUACAUGUACAUAUUCACAAUUCCUUGCUCAAAGGACUCCUAGUUGUUGUGUUUCACUCUCAUCUUUCUAUAACGACACAAUAGUGCCCUGCCCAACAUGUUCUUGUGCCUGCCGAAGCAACAAUUUUCUGCCAGGUGGUUGUAUAGAUCCGGAUGCAUCACAUUUGGUUUCAGCAGUUUCCAGUUUAGGGACAAACAGACUUGCACCUGUUAUCCGAUGCACGGAUCAUAUGUGUCCAGUCAGAAUUCAUUGGCAUGUCAAACUUAACUAUAAAGCGUACUGGAGGGUUAAGAUCACAAUUACAAAUUUUAAUUACAAUAUGAACUAUUCACAAUGGAACCUGGUUGUUCAACAUCCCAACUUCAACAAUCUGACACAUAUAUUCAGCUUUAACUAUAAGUCAUUGAAUCCUUAUGCAGAUAUAAAUGAUACAGCCAUGUUAUAUGGAAUUCAGUUCUACAACGAUUUGCUCAUGCAAGCUGGCCCUGCUGGUAAUGUGCAGUCAGAACUUCUUUUCCAAAAGGAUAAAGCAACUUUUACCUUUGAGAAGGGUUGGGCUUUUCCUAGAAAGGUCUAUUUCAAUGGUGAUAACUGUGUGAUGCCACCUCCUGACGCCUAUCCGUGGUUGCCAAAUGGUAGUUCUCGCCAGCUUACUUCACCAAUUAUACUAAUAAUGACCUUGUUUUCUGCAUUGGCUUUCUUAUACAGAUUUGUAUAAGCUAGCAAACAUUUGCUGCAAAAUACUAUAGAGUUCAAAUUUUGUUCGAUCUCGACCCUGGUAUUAAUUGGAAGCUGACUGGAAAGUUGAUUUGUUAAUGCCAUGCACUCCAGCAUUUGACUGCAGUUUCUGUUUAAUGCGUUUGUGGGUUUUUAGCUAUUAUUUUGUUACUUUGUAGCUGUUAUCUCCUUUGUAGAGUUCUCCAACAAUACAAUUACAAUGUAACAAAGUUUGGGUAAAUGAAUGCUUUCUGUAUAGAGAAGUUUGAGCUAA